AUGCAUUCUACGACAGUCCUCGUUGCUGCCUUUGCGGCCGCGGCCUAUGCCACGCCCAUGGGCUCUGGCUCAUGGGGCAGCUCCAGCACCGGCUACGAGUCGGCUACCUGGACUACCACCACUACCAGCAGCUAUGCCAGCGGUACCGGUAGCUGGGGUUCCGGCAGCGGCAGCUACUCCAGCAGCACCAGCGCCAGUGUGGUUCCCAACCCAAGCCCCAGCAGCGGUGUCGUUGCCGAGCUCCUCACAGCCGACAGCACCGUCUCCCGCUUCAAGGACAUCCAGAAGGAAAUCGAUGCCGGCGACGUCAGCCUGAAGUUCGACUUCAAUAUCGCCGCCAACCCGCCGCCUGCUAUGCCAGGUAAGGGUGGCCAAGUCGAUCUUGCCAACCGCGCCAACUUCCCCAUCCUGACGGACCUGGGCAUCUCCGCGGCUGCCAUCUUCUUCAACCCUUGCGGUCUGAACACCCCCCACAUCCACCCACGCGCCAGCGAGUUCUUGACCUUGGCCACUGACAACAACCUGCUCACCGGUUUCGUUCUGGAGAACGGCCUGACCACCGAGUUCAACACCACCCUCACCAAGUUCCAGGGUACCGUCUUCCCCAUGGGAUCUAUUCACUUCCAGCAGAACCUCGACUGCACACCGGCCGUGGCCAUCGCCGGUCUGAACUCGGAGGACCCGGGCGCCAGCUCCAUCGCCCAGAACUUCUUCGCCUUGGACUCGGAAGUCAUUGACGCUACGCUUGGAUUCCCCAAGCAGAUUGACGGCAGCAACUUUGCUGCAUUCAAGAAAGCCAUCCCUCCUCCUUUGGUCAACAGUAUCGAGGAGUGCUUGAUCCGCUGCAACAUUUCUUACUAA